CAGUACUUUCCGGAUGCUAAUGAGGCCGAGUCCUGGAUGAGGGAGAAGGAGCCCAUCGUUGGAAGUCCAGACUAAGGGACAGACGAGGACUUGGCCGAGGCUCUCCUGAAGAAGCACGAGGCCCUGAUGUCGGACCUGUCGGCUUACGGCAGCAGCAUCCAGGCCCUGAAGGAGCAGGCCCAGUCCUGCAGGGACCUGAAGGCCAACGAGUCCCGCCUGAGGGACAUCAACAAGGUGGCAUCUGAACUGGAGUCAGAAGGUCUGAUGGCUGAGGAGGCUCCUAUGGUUCAGGCUCAGCAACAAGAACAUCUGGGUUCUGCUCCUGGAAAGGAUGAAGCCGACUCUAACACGGCGUCACCCUGGAAGGUGAGUUCAUUCAGCUGAUCAGAGGUCACCUCUGAUGGCCGCAGUCACGGCCGACCGUGCUGACAUCACACAGGAAUUCAGGUGACCCAGCAGGCACCAGGUGCUGGUGAAAGUGGGGACAUGUCAGCUGGUUGCCAUGGCUACAGUUAUCUUUAUGCAUCUGUAUGACUGCUGACUGGUGUGUGUUUCCUGCGACCUUUGACCUCAGACCGUACGGUUGGGCGUUCAGACGACGGCUAACUUUAAUUCCAUCAAGGUAAGAGGAAGCUCUUCCCUUCCUGUCUGAGCGAUCCGUCUCCAGGUUUCCUCAUCCGGCGUCCAGCCCGCUGGCGUCCACCUUCAUCUCACCUUCAUCUCAUCUCACUUCAUUUAUAGUGCAAUACUUUCACAUUAUCAUUUUCCCACACUUCUGUAUACCUGUAUUUUGUUGUUUUUCAAUAAAGAAUGACAAAUUA